AUGCCCUGCAAGCGCACCAAGCGCCUGCCCGUCACGGACCUCAACGUCGCUCUGUCCCGGCAGAGCGGGGCUUUCGGACGCCCAAGCGGCCCGGAACUUGAGGGCGUCCGUGCUCGCGGCUCAGAAACCGACCUACUACCUGGACGCAACGAGGGAGUGGACCUUCAGGCAGGUAUGCAGGUGGUAGACCACCAGGUGGUGCUGGACGCCGUCCUGGGUGAUCCCCUGGUUGUUCUGCGAAACGUCUCCUACCAGCUGCACUGCGGCGACGAAAUUCUAGAGAUGGAAACCAGUGCUUGCUGGUGCGGGACACCAGCCCGCAGCCAGCUUGAAGGCAGAUCGAGGCACAUGGAGACCAAGUUGUGCUUGAAAGCUGGUGCGGGACACCAGCCCGCAGUUCUGCCAGCUGUCUACACUCGCCUACACUUGCCUACAGGCAACAAGCACUUCACCUCGAAGAGAAAACGGUUGUCCCAGUUGGUUAUGGUUCGGGAAACAAACGGACAACGUCAACAGCUUCCACGGAGGUUGAGUGAAAACAAACUAACGAGCCCUACAGGGCGGACACAGAAUUUGCUCAAACAUGGGAAGUCGAUCAAAGCACGGGCCAGAGCAGGGAGGUCCGCCUUCGAACAACGGCCGGACAAGCUCUGCGUCUUUCGGCAGCUCGCGGAGCUGAUGCGGCUGCCGCUGCAGGAAAUGCUUUCGGACUUCGACACAAUCUGCAAAAAAAACGUGGCGGGAGCAAGGCAUCACCCCCCGAGAGAUCCGGGAAUUCUGCCUUUGGCGCCAAGCCCCGAUGUUCUACGUGGACUGCCAGGCCGCCUGCUGGACAAGUACGAGCCUACCGUCAAGGAGCAGCGGGUCGUGACCUUCACGAGCUGGAACGGACUGGCGGAGUGGGAGGGCGAGGUCGCCAGUGCACUGAAGACCUGGAGCAGGUCGGAGUUCCUGGCCGAGGGGCACUGCCCGAAGGUGGUCAUGCGAGUCAUGCGAAGCAUGAGCGAGUGGCGGUGCCUGCGGCUGAGGGUGUGGGGCGGCGAGGACUGCGUCAUCUCCACAUUCCAGGAAGACCUGGAUGUGCUGCAGGCCUGGAUGGGGCGGCUGGAACUCCCCUAUUGCGGGCAGCGUCUGGCGGGUGCCGCGAGCGAGGUCUUCCUUCACCUUCUCAAGGCCCCCCGCGAUCCGCCCGGAUCUCGGCAAGCCCUGCUCGCGGAGCAGGACCAUCAGCGCAAGCUCUGCGCGGCCCCCAUCACCGCAACCACGUGCGAGUUGGACCACAUCGUCCCCGUGCACCAGUCCUUCGCCGCACAGGCCCAGAAUCUCCAGACACUGUGCCUCGAGUGCCACCGAAACAAAACGGCCCUGGAGUCCUCGCACGCCACGACACUGGAGUCGCGCUUCAGCCGGCGGGCUUACGAGCAGUACGUGGAAUCGCCUCGACUCCCGCCGCUCGUCUUCAAGCUCAUCUGCCACGGUAUAGACGUGGCGCGGUGCCGCAAGAACGGUCUGGCCCAUGCCAAGUUCGCCCAUCUUCUGCCCCAAGGCUCCGAGAGGACGGAUGCACUGGGAUCACAUCUACGUGACCGAGUUGUUGUCCAACCGGAGCUGCCGGUCUGUGCACGACUUCGUGAUGGCCUCGGAGUGCGUCCCUGUCUCCAGAAUCCGGGAUGCACUCGCAACCGUGCCGUCGAGGUGGCCGUCAAAACGCACUGCGUCGUCUUUCAGGACCUGCCCAAAAAGUUCCAGGGCCUCGUAGACGGCCUGAUCCGCGAAAGGCACCCCGACGGCACGCCCGUGCACCGAUGCGAGGAGCACUGCCAGCUGCUCCACGACCUCACCGACGGCUGGCACCACGAGCUCACCAAAAACAUGAGGAGCGACCCGGGCAUCUUCGACUUCCUCCGGUGGCUCCGGGUCGACGAGCCAGGGGUCAAAGGCGGUCCGGGCGGCCCGGAAAAGGUUUCCGCGGCAAGGAUCAACGCACGGAACAACCGUCGCCUGGCUCCGCCGGAAGCUGUAACGACCGAGUACACCGGCACCGGCCCGACGACCACCAACAUGCCGCAGACCACGCGGGUCAUCGGCGUCGGCGGCCGCGUGACCAGCCACUCGCGGGACUGCCAAGCCUCCGCGCACACCGGAAAGAACUUGCCGCCACGCUGGUUGGUCGUAAGCUCACCAAGCUUGAGUAACAAUUCUUUAAAGCCAGCCCUGCAAUGGGACUACAAGGCCUUCGAGCUCGGACACUUCGACGCAGCGUGGGCCUCGCCGUGCUGCACCGAGUUCAGCAUCGCACUUCCGCAACCUGCCCCUGCCGCAAGAGCGACCGCUGUGAGGCCUUCCAAGGAACUUGCCGCCCAGAGGCCGCGCAGCGAGGACCGACCAAAGGACGAGGGGAGCAAUUCGCGGGACCAACUUUACUCCAUCCCGCCCGCGCUGUGCAACGAGAUCGCCGUGAGCGUGAUUUAA